AUGCCCGUGGUCAACAAAUUAACUGGAACACCUUGUGAGCGUCCGAUUUCCUUGAGCUCAGAUACCAACGAAACGAUGCCGGCGUGGAAGAAGCAAUUAUACAAAAGGCAGCCAUUCCCCGACAAUUAUUCCGGUGGCGAUGAAUGCUUCUUGAUGGAGCUUCGGAAAAAUGUCUCUGCGGUAAAAUAUUCGUUCGGCUCAGCGGUGGGCGGAGCGUGCCAUCUGAUGCUCCAUCUAAACUUCGUACUGUUGUACUUUUUACUCUUCGAGGCGAUCUACGCGAAAAGUGUACAAAGUGACGUUGUGUUGUGGAGUUUUGUCGCGGCAUCCACUAUUGCCUACGGUCUCUACCAAGUUGGCUUCCACCGACCCGAGAAAUGGGCGAUUCAAGAACAUAUCUUGGUGUUUCUAACUCUAUUGCUGUUCGGCUACGCUCUUACUCCGAUAAUAAGGACCCUGACCACAACAAUCAGUACCGACACUAUAUAUGCUCUGGCCAUAUUCUUCGCAGUGUUCAGCUGCAUAUUUCAUGACUACGGGAUAAAAGCGCCAAUCGUUUCUGUGCCUGUCAGUGUUUCAUGCGGCCUGUGCUCGUCGGUGUUAUUGAUUUCUCGGCUCAGCGACUCGGAAUCGGCAUUUUUGCUUCUAUCCAUAUCUUUUUCGCUGCACUCUCUGCUGCCAACAUUCCAAAAUGCGCUCAUGCUGAAAAUCCCAGCAAUAGAGUGUCUGAUCUGCGUUGUAUUAUCGGGUAUCUGUUGCUAUGCUCUCGUCUUUUUCGACCCUGUUUUGACGAUCCUCUGGGCGAUUCUAGUAGUCUUUGUAGUCGUGCUCUGCCCCUCCCUGCUGAUCUCUUUACAGCCUCGAAAACGUACGAUACACGGGCCUUGGGAUGAAGCUGUGCCAGCGAGAAGCGCAUCAGAGUUGUUAAAA